GCAAUUGUGAUGAUACUUGGGAAUUUUGUGGCUGCUUCCCUUCUUCUUCUUCUUCUUCCAUGUGUGGGCUCACUGCGAGACACGCCUAGAUUGGUCCAAAGCCGCAGGAACGGCCAGCCGCCGAAUCCUCUACAGCUGACACCCCAACUCUCAACCCAGAUCACUGUUCAUGCAUUCCUGCUCUGGGUUUCGGUUGGCUUCCUGAUGCCGGUUGGCAUUAUCAUCAUCAGAGUGUCCCACCGAGUCCACUGCAUCACAAAGCUCAAGGCUCUGUUCUACGCCCAUGUCAUCGUUCAGACCGUGGCGAUCCUGCUUGCAACUGCUGCCGCGGUUCUAUCGGUAAUCAACUUCGAGAACUCCUUCAGCAACACCCAUCAGAGGUUAGGAGCAGCACUGUACGCACUCAUUUGGAUUCAACCAGUGGUUGCCUUUCUCAGGCCUCACAGGGGAACGAAGCUUAGGGGGGUGUGGUACCUGCUGCACUGGUUGCUCGGGACUGGAGUCUGCGUGCUGGGCGUCGCCAACGUCUACAUCGGUCUGCACACGUACCGAGAGAGAAGCUCGAGAAGUGUGAGCCUGUGGACGUCUCUACUCACGGCGGCGGUGUCGAUCGUUGCCGUCGUCUAUCUCUUGCAAGACAAAUGGGAGUAUCUGAUGAAGCAAGCAAGGGUGGGAGAUGAGCAGGUCACACCAUCUCCUCUCGGUGGCAGCCACAAGGAGUCAGAAAUGAAUCAAUUAUGGAUGCCAUGCUUCUUUUACAAACAGAAGUGAGAGAUACCAAAAUCAGGAAGGUGAAUUAGUAGUGGAAUUACAGCUGCAAAGACGAUAGUAGGACAAAGGCAUCAGAGUAUCAUAUAACAACA